CUCAUACUGUACCAACGUUGAACAACUUUUUACGACGAGGAGCUCGCAGCUUGUGACGAGAUGAAAUUUUCCGUCAUCGCAACGUUCUUGCUCGGACACUGCAUCUGCAGUUCGCAGGGCGAGACGGAGACAUACCCGACGGUGACGACGCCUUUGGGAACCAUCGAGGGUUACUACGAUACUUCAUCCGGAAACCGUACUUUCGAGGCCUACACAGGGAUCCCUUACGCCGAACCCCCGGUCGGAGAUUUGAGAUUUGAGACCGCCAAGGCGAUUUCCGCAUGGUCGGGAGUCCUUUCGGCGAAAAGCUACGGAUCUCCGUGUGUGCAGCCGAGCGCGAUCCACGUCAGCUGGAUGGAUGAGACGCCGACUGGUGCCGAGGAUUGUCUUUACCUCAACGUUUACACCCCGGGUGCGAAUUUCUCGGCAUAUCUACUACCGGUUAUAUUCUUCAUCCACGGAGGAGGUUUCCAAUUCGGUUCGGCCGACGUGUACGGUCCUCAUUACUUGCUCAACAGGGACGUGGUGAUGGUCACCCCCAACUACAGACUCGGAGCGUUUGGUUUUCUAAGUACGGAGGACGCGACGGUUCCCGGGAAUAUGGGUCUGAAGGAUCAAGUGGUCGCGUUGCAAUGGGUCAAGGACAACAUCGAGUACUUUGGCGGAAACCCGGAGAACGUCAUGCUUGUGGGGCAGAGCGCGGGGGCUGUGAGCGUUCAUUAUCACUACCUGUCCAAACUCACGUCAGGCCUGUUCCAAAGAGGAAUGUCGAUUACCGGGACCGCACUGUUUCCAUGGGCUCAGACUGAAGCUUCUCUGGAAAAGGCUAAGGCCCUUGCCGUUUCGUUAGGAUGUCCGUCUGUCGACGUUGAAACCAUGGUUAAAUGUUUAAAGAACCAAACAGCGGACGAUAUCGCUGUGGCCACCCGGGCAUUCACGCCGUGGCUCGGAAGUCCGAUGACUCCGUUCGGACCGGUCGUGGAAAAGGAAGGCUCCUCCAACUUCACAUUCAUCGAUCGAACUCCCAUUGAAAUAAUCAAAUCUGGAGAUGUACAGGAUUUACCGUGGAUUACGAGCGGUGUUUCAGAGGACGCAUUAUAUCCAGCUUCUUUGUUCAUCGCUAAUGCUACGGACCUCGAUUACUUGAAUGAAAAUUGGAACACAAUCGCACCCUCUCUGUUGGAUUUCAACUAUACCAUUCCAGUCAGCAAUCAUUCGACCGUCAGUGAAUUGAUAAAAGAGCAUUAUUUGGGAGGAAGUAAAAUCGGCAACUCAACAAUUCAAGAAUUCAUCCACAUGUUGACCGAUCGUUUGUACCUCUUCGAUAGCCAAAAAGCCGCGAUUCUACAAGCAGAGGCAAACGAGAAUCCCGUGUAUUACUAUUACUUCAACUACAGAGGAGCGCACAGCGUUAGCGAAUAUUUCAGCAACGGAGUUACCACAAAUUGGGGAGUGGCUCACGGGGACGAUAUGUGCUACGCAGUAGAUUCGUUCUUCGACGCAACGACGACGGAGAGUGACACAGCGAUGCAAAAAGUAAUAAUAGAUCUCUGGGUAUCGUAUGCGACAAACUGCACGAUUGACGUGGGCGUCGAAUGGAAUCCCUUGAACGGAACCAGCAGCAGUUUGAAUUACCUAAGAAUCGCAGGACCAGAAGAACUUUACAUGGAAACCGACUCAAACUUCAGACAAAAGGAUUUCUGGUCCACCAUCAAUUUUGAGGAAAAUAUUUCAUAAGUAGCUACGAAUCGUGCCCACGACGUAAGGAAUGUUUCCGUUAUCACGUAGAGUUUCAAUAGAAAUUUGCUUUACCAUAGCCGUGCAAAUUGAAUUUACAGCUUCAUUGGAGACGGUCAAGUACAGAAACCCUGUCCUUAAACUCUCCUAUGCAGGAACGGGAAAGUUUCAUUGUUGACGACUUCGGGAAUUCAUAUCGACACACUCAAAAACAAAUAUCUAUUAUUACGCAAAUAUACUGCACAAUCUGUGAGCAUAGAUACGGCAGCAGGACGCAGCCUGAUUCCAUCGUUGUCAAGGUUUUCUGCCGUUUUCCUCACUCUCGCACAAAUACCAACAUUAUGUAAAAGUUUGAAUUGUACAAAACUUACACAGAAAUACAUGCAUAUACGCAAAAACUACCCAUUCCCUUAAUCAGACAUAAUAAUAAAUAAGAAACUAUGCAUUCAUAUGCAUACCUACACAUAGAUUUGAUUGCAAUUAUCUGUGAAGAAAAAAAUUAUAACGCGUAUUUCCAGAAAUAACAGUAAUGCACAGAAUUAUCGAUCUACCGCAGGCGAAGUACGCGUGAUAUUCGUAAUACGAUUCAAUAGUAUUUUACGUUGUAUUUUCCCGGUACCGGUCUUGGGAA